AUGCAUAAGCUAUUUUCUCAGGAGCACCGACCAGACCCCCACACACAAGUGCCAUCGCACCUUCCAUGUGUAAUCUGCACAUUGGAGAGGUCCGUUCUCUGGCCCCACAUCUUCAACCUUUCUGGCCCUCCACGUCCGCAUCUACAGCCAGUCUCCCUUCGCAUGCUGCCAUUGCCACCAAAUAAUCUCGUUUCUUAUAAUAGACCUCUGCCUGAAAGUAGACCUCCAGCUCCUCAUAACUCGUCUCAAUCUGCCCUUCAGUUGCUUAUGGACAUGGAUCACCAAUCUCCUGUACAUGGACGUUCUACCUUUGCAUCUAUACAAGAUGUCGUUACUCCUUUUGGAUCAUUGGAGCUGUCUGACCUUGAAACUCUUGGUAAUGUACAGUGUAGCCUUACCUCUUCAGUUCCUACAACAGAUGUCGUUUAUUUGUCUGAUGAUGACUGA